AUGAGUUAAUAAUUUACUUAUUAUUCAAAUGAACUCUGCUAAAUACAUCAAGAACCAUGCACCAACAUGUGCAUCAACACUAAAUGUCUCUAACCUUUAUGUCCCGAGUGUAUUGAAAUUCAUUUUAGAGAACACAAAGAAUGUCAGAUUGAAAGUUUGAAAUCCUGUAGAACAAAUUGCUCCAAGAAAAUACGCUCCUCAAUCCAAGAAAUGAAUUAGAUCUUGUCUUUGCAAGAAAUGAAAACCAUUGAAAAUUCUUCAUAGUAUAUUGAACUCUGUAGAGAAUCACUCUAGCAAUUGAAAUAAUAAAUAAUUGAUAAAAUUGAUUCAUACAACAAAAAAUUGCUUCAAGACUUUAGUAAUAACCUGAUACAAGCAUUCAAAGAAUCAUAGAUUAAAGAAGUUUACAACAGAAUCAAAAAUUUAAUUUAAUAAUUAGACGAACUAGGAACCAAGUUAGAAACCCAGAGCGAUUGCUAAAUUAAAACGAUAAGAAGCAUUUACUUACUAAAUACUACUUAACUGAUUCAAUCUUCUAAUUAAGAGGCUUAUAAAGAACUUUUGAAAUUGAAAUUUCCAUUGCUUGUUGUCUCUCAAAAUUUCAACUAAAAACUUGAUGAAUUGUUUGGAUAAUCCAUUCAGAUUCAAUUUAAAAAAACAAACACCACUAUGUUCAAAAUCGAAGAGAAAUAACAAUUAAAUAAUCAACCAAUUAAUAUUUAGGAGGCUCCCUCUUUGAAUCAGACUCCAUUGCUAUCCUAAAUCAGUGAAAUUCAAUAGGGUAAGAAACAAUCAGAAUUUGCCAUCACUGUAGAAGAUUACCUAUUACCCAGUGUAUAAAAUAAAGUGCUUCAUUAUUUUAAAUAUAAUAGUAAAGAAUUAAACUUAAUCAACCUUGAUAAUCCCAAAGAAAUUAAGAAAAUUAAGUUAUAAAUACCCUUUUAAAUUCCAGUCUUUCAUUAAUCAAUAAUUACUAAAACUGGCUAGUUAUACCUUAUUGGAGGAACCACAAUUGACAAUAACUAUCCUAACACCAAAUCGAAUGCAAUAUGCUUGUUUGAUAAAUAUUCCUUAGCUAAUGUUGGUCAUUUGUUGACCAGUCGAUCAUCUCAUGGUUGUUGUAUUGUAGGGGAUUACAUUUACUCAAUCUCUGGGUUUGGACAAAAUCAAGUUCUUGAGAAGACUUGUGAGAGAUACAAUUAUAUACUAAGAAAAAGUGAGUAUCUCUAGGAUUGUUUAUACCCUUCUAUAGCUUCUUGCUGUGUAAAUUACAAUAAUCAAUUCAUCUACAAAUUUGGAGGAUUGUAUGAAAAAUAAUAGAUGAAUUUUAUUGAAAGAUUCAAUAUAAAAGAUAUGAUCUGGCAAGCUAUUGAUCCCCAGAUAGCAAAUAAAGAUAUACCUUUAUUCAAGGGAUUAAAGUAGUUUGCAGCUGGAGUGCAAAUCUCCCCAAAUUCUUUGAUGAUCUUUGGAGGUUACGAUGAAAAUUCUGUUAGUUCCGAUCAAUCGUUUCUUUUUACUAUAAAAGGGGAAAACCAUAUAUUGCAUAUGGUAAACAGCAGACCUUUAAAAAUACCAGGGGGUUUUUGGCAUUAACAAUGCAUGAUUUAUAAACAAGAAUUAUUUGUCGUAUAGAAUUAGGAAAAUAAAGAUGGAGAAACCGUUGAAACAAAGACUAUUUUAAGAUUUAAGGAUAGAUGGUUAACAUGCUGA